GUCUUGGAUCAAGAGCACCUUUGGUUGUGGCUGGGCGUGACCUUGCCAUGAGUGGAGGAGGAGGUUCGUCAGGGCAAAACUUCUGUUCCAGCAAUGCGGGCUUCUCUGGCACGCCCUUGUGGAAGUUGAAGCAGCAGGGUCAACUGCCAAACCACUUCCAAGCGGCGGAGGAGGCGAAGGCCCUACAGGCCCAGGAACAGAGGGAAGAGGAGGAAGCUGCCGCAACUCUCAGGGUCGUCGUCGAUGCGGUGAGUCUGGGCAGGGUGGAGUACAACUUGGUGAGGCAUCUCAUCGUGAAAGAUUUGAGGAAGGUGGCAGCCAGGUCCAAGAUCUCCUUGCCCACGACCGGGCUUUUCGAGAACAAAGCGCCCUUGCAGCUCUUUGCACUCUUCGAUGGUCAGUCAUCGGCUGAGGGGCCGGGCCCCAUGGCUGCGGAGUGCUGUGCCAAGACCUUGCUGCCCAAGUUGCUGCGGAAUAUGUCCGCCAUCCCACAGGGCUAUGAGAAUGCCACCUUCGUGAAGGCCUGCUUAAAGAAGGCCUUUGAAGAUUUGGAUAAGGAGGUGUUGCGAAAUCAGCCCUCGAUCCAGGAUGGCUGUGGGGGCGCUGUGGCACUGCUGGUGGGGGAGAAGCUCUUCACCGCGGUUUGUGGCAAGUGCGAGCUGGUCUUGAUCGAAGCUGGCCAGCGAAGGGGGGUGAAGCAGGAUCCCUGCAAGGCUGUGAGCAUGGGCAGUCAUCAGGGAAGUUGGAGCAUUCCCGAAGACCAGAAGUUCUUGGUGGAUAACGGUGGCAUGGUCUUCCCGGGCGAGAACGGCAAGCUGAUGACCAGCAACCCGCAAGGGCACACCACCGCCGUCUCCAGGUCCAUCGGCGAUCGCGCCUGGAAAGGAUCCAUGGGAGGACUCCCUGGCAGCUUAAAGCUGGUACGGUCCGUCCCCGAGACCCGCUACACAGACCUCUCCUGGGCGGAACGCCACGUCGCGUUGAUGUUGACCUCGGCGCCCGUCUCGCAGAUCCCCACCGACCAGGCCUCUGUGACCAUCGCAGACUUCGAACAGAAGCCACGGGCGGCGAGCGGCGAAAUCGCCAGCCGGGCGGCAACCGUGCCACAGAACGGUCAAGCGCAAUGUACCACCAUCGUGGCCUUCUUCGUCCCCAAGGACGACAAGCUGAUUGCAGAACCUGCUGCCAAGCGGAUGAAGAAGGAAGCGGAAAGCGUCCGGCUGCGGCACAUCGUGGUCCGACACCAGGAUUGCAGCUCACCCUUCGAUCCGGUGCGUAAUGUGCCAGUGAGCAGAAGCGCACAGGAGGCAGAGGCGAUCUUGCGGCAAGCGCUGCAGGAGUUGAUUCUAGAGGCCAAGACCAUCAAGCUCCCGGCGGGCAAAAAGCCCAGCGCGGCAGCCUUCCAGCCGACACCCAAGUUCACCUCCCUGUGCAAGGAGCUCUCCGAAUGCAACACAGCGCAGAAGGGUGGCGGCAUGAUCGGGGACCUGGGUUGGCUGCAGCCGGAUGAGCUCAAGAGCCGAUUUGGACCUGCCUUCUCGGAGGCAGCCAAGAUGCUGAACCCUGGACAGUGGAGUGACUUGGCGACGUCGGAGAUGGGGAUCCACAUCUUCCAGCGCAUCGCCUGAGCGCAGCGACACCGCGCCGGUCACAUCGAAAAAUGGGUUUUCCGUGGUGGGAAGGAGCGACGCAAGGAGGGCCAACUCAAAGUGAGGAG